GAUUGAGUGAUGCAUUCAUUCAUUGCAGUCAACACUCACCACAUAAUAGCCAUUCAUUUGAGUGAUUAUUAUAUUCAAUGAAUUGAUUGUCAAUUGAUUUGAUUUAAUUGUGACACCAAAAUGAUCUGGGUAUGGGAAUGGGACGGUGCACUAGCCAUUACCCUGUAUGUAGCGGUUCCUACAUUGAUAAUUGCUUUUUUGUUGUGGUAUUACAUCCACAAAUUAUUGGCUUUUAUAAGGAGAGACAAAAGCAAACUCAAGACACACACAGACAAAGACAUUGAAAAUGUGAUUGAAGACAUUUUCGACCAAAUUGGUGACAAUAGCAUUGAUAUAUCACUCAAUGGAUCCCACAGUGAUGUCCACCACAUGAGCCAUGACUCGAAGUCAAAGGUCAAGAAGUGGAAGAAUGGCAGCAAAUCGUGUGACACGAGCGCCGGUAUAACACUCAUCCCUACCGAUGAAGAUGUGAAGUCCUCUAAGAGUAGGUCUUCUAAAAGUAGUGGUGAUUCUCAUCAGUCAAGACUACUUCUGUCCAAAGCUUCUGAAAGAUAUCUGACAAACAGAUCUCAAGACUCGAGUUCAGACAAUUCGCACCAAACAUAUCGAGUAAAAUCAAAAACGAGCCGAAAGUCAACCGAAGACAUACCGAAAGGACAGAAACCAUCCAAACCUCCGAGAACUUCAGUGUUGACUAAGGAAUCAGCCAUUGAUGUGAAGACAUACCAUGAAUUGGGCGAUAACUCACCGAAACUAUUGGAUGACUUUAGUAUCGAGAUGUUGAUGACCAGUGAUAGCUCUUCCGGAUCAGUUAAGACAGUGAUUGAAUCCAAGAAAUUGUUGAAUACGAGUCGUAAAAGCAGUGAAUGUGACACUUCUCUUAUGGUCAAUGAAUCCAAUGUGUCGAUGCGACCAAUGGGUCCAUUCGAUGACAAUAUGACACCCAAUCAGACCAUUAAAUACAGCGACAAAAAGGAUGUAAAGAGGAGUUUAAGUAAAAGAAUUGGUGCCAAAAGUGAAGCAGUCUUUCCCCGUUUCCAAAGUGAUCCCAAUUCAACUCAUAUGACAUUCACUGAAGUGAUUGAUUUGGCAUUUGAUGAUCUCAUCAAAACCAUCGAUGAUUUCAGUGAUUAA